AGCGUUUAGGUCAAAGAUGUGGAAUUUGUGGAAUCAAAAGCCGAGUUUCAGGUUUGAGAUAGAUAACUUCUCGGAGAAGGAAAUUGCCAUGGUGUCAAAGGUAUUCGUGAGUGGCGGACACGAAUGGUAUCUCGGCGUUUAUCCGAUGGACGAAGAUUAUCCUUAUGAUAAUUACUUGUCUGUGUACCUGCACGCUACAAAUUCUAAACCAUUGGGAAGUGGAUGGCAAAGGACUGCUAAUUUUUACUUUCUUCUUUUGAAUCAAUCCGACCAAGUGCUCUAUAGAUCAUAUGUUCAAGAGCACAUAGAUUUUCAUGCAGAGUCCCUGACGUGGGGUAUCCAAAAGACCUUGCCUCUUAGCUUUUUUCAGGAAGAAGGGUUUCUGGAGAACGACAAACUCAUUGUUGAAGUCUACAUUCAAAUUGUAGAAUCUUUUGAUGGAGAGAGAGGAGAUGUAUCAGAGAAGAAAGAGACUGUGGAUAUCAACGGUUUUCAAGUUCUUGCUUCGCAGGUUACUCCCACAAGGAAGAUAUUUGCAGAGCACCCAGACCUAGCUGUUGAUUUCAAAUUAAAGAAUCAAGUAGUGAGGACGGAAUACAUGAAUGUCCUUCUCAACCUCAUUGAGACACUUAACAAGCCUUCACAGGAUCACUCGGAGACUGAGCUAAGCAAUGCUCACAGCAAGUUGAGUGAGCUGACGGAAGCAGGCUUCAAGCUGGAAUGGUUGAAGUCAAAGCUUGGUAAGGUUUCCUUGAAGAGGAAGAAACCAGAUGCUGAUGUCCAACAAAUUGAUGAACGUGUUAAGAAUGAGAUGAUGAAAUUGGACUUCAAGCUGGACUGCUUGAAGACAAAGAUUGAGGAGGUUUCCUUGGAGAGGAAGAAAUCAGAUGAUGCUGAUGGUUCUCGAGUCAAAGAAAUGGAGGGACGCAUCAAGAAUCUUGAGAUGAUGGUGUCAGAUCUCAAAGCUAAACUGGGAAAAGAGAAGGCCAUAUCUUCUGAUGAUGGUUUUUUGUUGAUCAACUAGGUUGAUUGAUGUACGUAGAGAUACUAUUAGUCUAGAGAUUAGGCUUUAUCGAAUGACAGCUUAUGUUGAUGGUUUUAUUCUUUGUUUUAUCUGCACCACUUUUGGGUAUUUUCUUUCAAUCAUAUUUUUCGUUAUUGUGUUAU